AUGUCAACUGCACGUGAGUGUCUUGGACCACUCAUCUCCUACCUUCCCUACCCGAACUUUACCCGUGUGCAGGAGAAUGUCAUCCCGACGCUACUCCAGUGCGAUGCCAACGUCGUCGUAGCCGCACCGACUGGCAGCGGGAAGACUGCCCUCUUGGAGGUGGCGAUGCUGCGCCUUUUUCGGGACCGUCUUCUUCCCAACUCCUCAAACGCCGGCAGCGCGGUCGGUUGCGAGGGUGCAUCGGAGAGGAAGGCUGUAUACAUAUGCCCAAUUAAGGCACUUGCCAGCGAGAAGUAUGGAAUAUGGCGGGAAAUGUUUCCAACUCUUUCUGUGGCUCUUGAAACAGGGGAUCAAGAGCAGUCACGAGGGCAAGAGGGUGGAUUACUCGAAGUUCCCAAUGCAGAUAUUAUCAUCACAACACCAGAGCGAUGGGACAGCAUCACGCGUAGGUGGAAAGAAGGGGUGAUUUGGAGUUUGGUGGCAUCAGUUGCUCUGCUACUUUUGGACGAGGUACACACCGUGAGCGAAGAAAGAGGGGCCGCAUUGGAGGCGGUUGUGAGUCGCAUGAAAGCCAUUAAGGCUUCCAUGAGUAGUCGUGGACCUCGUUUCUAUUCCACUCGGUUUGUUGCCACCAGUGGUACGCUUCCCAACAUUGAGGACUUUGCGGAAUGGCUUCAAGUGGAGCCUGGUGGUGCUUUCUCCUUCACCUCCGCAGACAGACCUGUGCCGCUGACAUUACGAAUUCUGUCGUACCCAAGCACCUCCAACAAUCCCUUUGCGUUCGAUCGUUUUCUUUCAUUUAAGCUGUUUGGUCUCAUACGACAAUUCAGCGCGGGCAGACCAAGCAUCGUUUUUUGCGCCUCACGCAAUGAGGCGAUUAAUUCAUCAUUGAGGGUUGUGGCGGAUGUGAAGGAGACGGCCUCAAGAGAAGGUGCCGAGGAUCGUCUGCGGCUGACUGAAGAAGUUGAACGGCUGGCAUCGUUGGCAAAUGACAAGCAGUUACGAGGCCUUCUGUUGCUUGGAAUUGCUUAUCAUCAUGCGGCGAUGUCGAUGAAUGACCGCGUUCUCGUGGAGCGCAUGUUUAGAGAACAUUACAUCUCUGUGAUUUGCACGACCACGACACUCGCUCUUGGUGUCAACCUUCCCGCCCACCUCGUGAUCAUCAAAGGCACAACUUUUUUUAAGAGUGGUCGUCGGGAGGAUCUGCCACUUUCUGAGGUGGCACAAAUGAGUGGACGAGCGGGGCGUCCCGGUCUUGACUCCCACGGCAUCGCACUUGUUCUCACAACUGAUGCCAAAGCCGCUCUCUACGAGCCUCUUCGACACGGUGACUCCUCUUCCACAGUGGAGAGCCAGUUGCAUCAGAAGAUGAUCGAACACGUGAACGCAGAGGUGGCUUUGCGCACCAUUCACAGCUUCAGUCUCGGCGUGGAAUGGAUUAAGACGACGUUUUUGUGGAUUCGACUGAGACGUUGCCCGCGUAAUUAUGGCAUUCUUUUUUCUACUAAAGAAGAGGAGUCUUCUUUUAACCGUGAGCAGUUUGCAGCGAGGCUCAUGCACCGCAUGCUUACAGAAUUAGAACGGCAGGGGUGCGUUACCAUCCGCUACGAAAAUGCUCCUAGUGGAGAGAGUCGUGUUUAUGAGGCGGGCGGUGGUGUCGAUGAUGAUUUUCAAGAUUUUCACAAGGAGAACGUGAAAUGUGUUGUGGAGAGUACACGUAUUGGCCGAGCCAUGGCAAGGCGAUAUGUUUUGCUGAAGACGGUGGAACAGUUUCACGCCGAGACAAAAAAUUCCCGUCUAGGAUCCGACGCUUCGCUGGGAGUCCCCGGAGAGAAGGCCUUGAAGCCCCCACAAGAGAGCAACACACUGGAAAAAAUGACGGGGGCACCCGUCAUUUUCACAUUGCCGCAAAUUCUUGGCAUUCUUAGCCGAGCCGCGGAGUUCGAAGAGCUUUAUCUUCGUCAAGGGGAUCGGAAACAUCUGAAUGAGAUCAAUAAGAACAUCCGUUAUCCACUGAAAUCCGGCAUGCGAGGCGGAAGGGAAGUCCGCGAGGAUUGGCAUAAGGUGUACGUGCUUCUCCAGGCCCAUCUGGAGCACAUGCCGAUCAGUGAUUUUUCUCUGCGAAACGAUUCUGUCAGACUUUGGACAACAGCGCCUCGAUUGGCUCGCUUUCUCGUCGACUACGCAAGUGCCAUGAACUCCUACUCCUUUAUGAAGGAGAGCUCCCUCCUGUUGCGUUGCAUGGAGCAAAAGAUGUGGUGGGAUGGUCCCGUUUUGAGGCAAUUGGAUGGUGUCGGUGAAAUUGCGGCCAAGGCACUUUUGCGGGGCGGGAUCCGGGAUUUCGCCGACGUUUUAAAGUCGGAUCCACGGAAGUUGGAGGUCCUCUGUGGCAAGAACAUCCCCUUUGGCAACAAUUUGCAGGAUCGGUGUCGGGCAAUACCGCAGUGCGUGCUUUGCCUUGAGCCUUGUGAGGGUUCUGAGUCGCUACGGGCAGUUAUAACACUGACGACUCCGCCACGCAAGAAACGCGAGAAUGAAGUCAAUUACCGCAUGGUUGCCGUUGUGGGCAACGUCAGAACAGACGCGAUACUCCUCUUUCGACAAUUCUCUUUGUGUGAUGCAAAAGAGGGGAAGGUGAUGUUCACUUUUUGUUUCCCGCGCGGUUCUCAAGGACGCGUUGUGGGUCAAGUCUUUACGGAGCGGUAUUUGUUUGGAAAUGAUGCCCAUAACACAUUUAACGCGGGCGAAAACACGGAGGAGAAACACGAGGAUGUCGCCGACAAGGGAGUGGCGCAAUCAAAGAGCGGUACAAUUAGUACUCCACCGUUCGAUGCACUUCUCCAUGACCUUCGACAUGUGGAGGGCACUUCUUCCAGAGAUCCAACUGAAGUACCGCAUCUUUCCCCAACGAAACGUGAAACCAAUGAUGAGAAUAAAACAGAGUCAUUGACAGACGCCGCGUUUUUGGAUAAGCAUCCCGUCGGCAAGGCCACUUCAGAGAAAUCUUUGUCUUGUAAAGCCAGUGCCAUGGUGGAUUACAGCAGCACAGAGGCUGCUAAACGGACUCAUCUACGCAGUGGUGUGGAGACCACCGUAAGAGAAGAGGAUGAGAGCUACAGGCAGCUGGUGAGGCGUACAAAUUUUUUUGCUUCCCAGUUGGAUUUUAGACGACAUUCUCCUGACUAUCCAUGCAAACGAUCAAGAGAUGAAAACCGCACAAAACAAAGUGUUUCUUUUGAUUCCCUGAGGACUCCAUUCACAAAACCACGGGAAAGAAACUCUUCUGUUUCACAUCAGGGGGCAUCUGUUAUUCUUCCCCAAACCAUUUCUCCGGAUCCUGUUGCUGUUUCGCGCGUUGAUGCCGCGGAAACACGACCAUCUGCACGAUUCCGCUUUGGUGUGCAGUUUCCCCCGGCACAGGAAAGAUUGCCUGAACCCUCCUUUCGAAUCCUGGAGCGUGCAGGACCGUUUGCGAGGAACGUACGCGAGAUGCCCACUGGAUUGUAUGAUUCUUGUGGGAGGCCGCAUUUCCCUUCAGCGCAACAGCAAUCCCCUUCUUGGCGUGGUUUUCAUUCCCAACAGCGAUAUCCCCAAGGCGGUGCAGGCUUAUUGCACGGACAUUCUGCACCGUGGUUCCGAGGCUCCGUUGCUGGAGCGUUUUCUCAUCACAGCCCAUGUUUGGAUGCGCAACAGCCUUUGCAUUCGACGGUUUUUCCUUCGGCUGCCGCUCCUUUUGCUCAGGGGUGGCCUCCAGAGUGGGUUUCAUCAGCGGUAAACCGCCUUACUCCAUGGGAUCCUUCCCGAGCAGCAGGUCACUAUCCAGUUUUUAACGGCAGCCACCUCUCCUCGAAUGCGAGGCCCUUUCAGGGCUCUUCUCCUGCCACCAUCAUGCAGGGUUUUUGGCAAAAUACACAUGACAGGCGCCAUGUGGGUGCCGCACCACGAACAACUGCCGUGCAAAGAGGGUGGUGGUAG